CCGAGAAAGACCCAGACAAGGUCUCAGGCACGAAUCAGAGUGCGGGGGCCCGAGUACGCAAGUCCGAAUUGACUCAAGUGGUCGAUUACAUGUCAGCCGCCGAGUUCCAGGUUGACCCACACCCGCUAGAAAUGCUAGGGCGCUCUCCCAUCGUUCAAGGAGACACUGUAGUCGUCAGAGAGACCACAGACAUGGCAUCCGAGUUAAGCAAGCAAGACGUCGAGCCUAAAGAGCUUAGGCCUCACGGCCUCGAUCCAAACGCGAUUACAGACUAUGUUGAAUACAUGGUGGCUUUGAAGGUCGGGGACGCGAGUGCGGACCACGCAUUGGAGUUUUUCCGCCAGUCAGAGGAUCCUCAUCCAGGGAGACCGAACAUGUAUAUUGUGAUUCCGCGGGUACGAGAGCAUGAGGUCAAAGAGCUGAGGCCUCCUGGCCUCAGCGACGAGCUCAUCAGCGAAGUUCCAGAUGAGGGAGCUGUUGAGGCCACGCGAGUUCCGGCCUUGGAUCGUGAGAUUACCGUGAACGACAAGCGUCCAACUCGAACCAGGGAGUCCGGGGUCGAGUCGCGAGUCGUUUGGAUAGCGAAUACGGAGUUGUGUGCCAAAGCAAGUGAGAUCAGUAACAGCCCACACGAGUCAGCGAUGGGAGUGAAAACGAGACAUACCGUUGUUCCUAAUCCCCCUAUUCGACCGUUGGAUCUCCAAGAGGCGGCAUGCGCGGAAAAGAAGAGGUCGAGGCGGUGCGAAGUUGCUGGAUGUUGGAUAUGGACUCGGAGACUUGACGAAGUCCAGAACGGUCAGAACAGAUCGGAUCGAGACAUCAGCGGCCAAGUUGGCACCCUGGAACAGGUUUUGUGGCCUGGAACGACGGACUAUGGGACGAGUGUCGAGUGUUCCGCAAACGUUGACAAAGAUCGCAGGCGUGUUUCAGACAAGACGCCAUCAGUGAGCCGAGAGGUCACAGAUAAAGAGUCCAGGCCUCCCUAUCGCUCAAGUGCGCAUACGAGCCACUCCAAGCCUCGGCUGGACUUAGAACCGAAGUGUCGGCGCCACACGUCCGAAGUGCUGAGACUUACUUCAGCAGCGCUGCUGGAUGAGCUUCAUAUCGCGGCUAUUGAUGUAGGCGAACAUGCGUCCAGAGUGUGGAGGAAGAAGCCUCCCUGAUGAUGUUAGUCCCCAGGAUUUGUGGAUUGAGCACGAUGCUGCUGGUUUCAUUUAGGAUAUCGUGAGGGACCAC